AUGAUGGGCUCGCUGCCCCUGCUCUUCUCCCUGCUGGUGGUUUCUGGGGUCGGGGUCGGCGGCGGCGUGAGGCUGGCGGGCAAUGGCGGGUACGAGGACUGGAGGCUGGGCACGGCGACCUACAUCAAGGAGUCCCAGGGCCACCCGCUCAAUGACGGUGGCGGCGCUUGCGGGUACGGGGACCUGGACAUAUUCAGGUACGGGAGGUACACGGCCGGCUUGAGCGGCGCGCUGUUCGGGCGUGGCAGCGCCUGCGGCGGCUGCUACGAGCUCCGGUGCGUGAACAACAUCCUCUAUUGCCUGCGGGGCAGCCCCACCGUGGUCGUGACGGCGACCGACUUCUGUGCCCCCAACUUCGGCCUCGCCGACGACUACGGCGGCUGGUGCAACUUCCCCAAGGAGCACCUGGAGAUGACCGAGGCCGCAUUCCUCCGGGUCGCCAAGGCCAAGGCUGACAUUGUCCAGGUGCAGUUCCGAAGGGUGAGCUGUGACAGGGCCGGCGGCAUUCGGUUCACCAUCACCGGCGGCCCCAACUUCCUCCAGGUGCUGAUCACCAACGUGGCAGCAGACGGCGAGGUCGACGCCGUGAAGGUGAAGGGGUCGAAGACGGGGUGGAUACCGAUGGGGAGGAACUGGGGGCAGAACUGGCAGUGCGACGCGGACCUCCGAGGCCAGCCUCUGUCGUUCGAGGUCACCGGAGGAAAGGGCAGGACGAUCACAAUGUAUAACGUCGCGCCUUCGGACUGGAUGUUUGCGCAAACGUUUGCAGGCAAGCAGUUCGUCGAGUAG